AUGUAUGUAAACGCCGCAGCCUCCAGCGUACCGCGAGUACCGCAGCCUCCAGGGUACCGCGAGCACCGCAGCCACCAGGGUACCGCGAGCACCGCAGCCUCCAGGGUACCGCGAGCACCGCAGCCUCCAGCGUACCGCGAGCACCGCAGCCUCCAGGGUACCGCGAGCACCGCAGCCACCAGGGUACCGCGAGCACCGCAGCCUCCAGGGUACCGCGACCACCGCAGCCUCCAGGGUACCGCGACCACCGCAGCCUCCAGGGUACCGCGACCACCGCAGCCUCCAGGGUACUGCGAGCACCGCAGCCUCCAGGGUACCGCGAGCACCGCAGCCUCCAGGGUACCGCGAGCACCGCAGCCUCCAGGGUACCGCGAGCACCGCAGCCUCCAGGGUACCGCGAGCACCGCAGCCUCCAGGGUACCGCGAGCACCGCAGCCUCCAGGGUACCGCGAGCACCGCAGCCUCCAGGGUACCGCGAGCACCGCAGCCUCCAGCGUACCGCGAGCACCGCAGCCUCCAGCGUACCACGAGUACCGCAGCCUCCAGGGUACCGCGAGCACCGCAGCCUCCAGCGUACCGCGAGCACCGCAGCCUCCAGCGUACCGCGAGCACCGCAGCCUCCAGGGUACCGCGAGCACCGCAGCCUCCAGCAUACCGCGAGUACCGCAGCCUCCAGCGUACCGCGAGCACCGCAGCCUCCAGCGUACCGCGAGCACCGCAGCCUCCAGCGUACCGCGAGCACCGCAGCCUCCAGCGUACCGCGAGCACCGCAGCCUCCAGGGUACCGCGA